AUGCCGGCAAACAAUCUUAUUACUUCCGCCGCGCCGGGCAGGAAGGCCGCGCCCAAGGCUCCAGCCCGCCGUCGACCAGCACCCGCCGCGCCUCCCACACCUUCAGCGACCCCGGCGCCGACUGCUGAGACUGCGGCCCCCGGUAGGCCUCCGUCACCACCUCCUUCGCAAAGCCAGCCAACAAACGAUGCCACGGUCGUUCCACAAAAAGAGCCCACUCCAUCGUUACCAGAGCCCGAGGCUCACGUGCCAUCAUUACCCGAAAAAGAACCCAUCGCAACUCCAGAUAAGACUCCACUACAGACGCCUCGAGCACCGGAUUUCCAGGCUAGUGAGAUCGACAGACCUCUCACUCCACCACCUGCACAAAGCCAACCGAGAGCAGAUGUCGCUUCACAGCAAGAGUUUGGUCUACCUACACCGUUGGUGCCUUCAGCAGCACCCAAUGCACCUACGACUGCGCCAGUCCAGGUUCCCCCAGUACUAACCGCUGAGGCUGCGUCAAUCGAGACACUCCCCUCUCCCCCGCCUACGCAGACUCAGUCGAGAGAGCAGACCGAUAUCGUUCCGCAGCAAGAGCCUGUUCCUCCGCGAGUAGACCCCGGGGCCGCAGCACAACCACUCCUAGCUUCGACUUCUGCACCUAGCACUCGGACGAAGCGCGUACGUGCGGAGGAGCCAAGUGCGACUGCACCUCGUCCUGCUAAGCGGACAAAGCGGAGUUCAGUCAGGUCCAACGCGACAGCGCAAGCAGUGGCCCAAGAGGAGGAAGAGCCAUCAACAGGUGUAGCUACGACACAGGCAGAGAACCGGACACAGGCAGAAGACAGCACUCUGUUGAAGAAGUCUGCACAGAAACGCAAAGCACCCACGCGAAAGCAGCCUCCAGCCAAGCGAAGGGCCACUACCAAGGCUAAGAGCGCGCCCACCAUCGUCAACUCGGACGAUGAGAACGAGGGUCAGGAUGCUGAAGAAACUUCGGUCGACGGCACUGAACCUGCUGCAAAAGCAACCCGGUCGGCACCAAAGAAGCGCCAGAGAAAACGGAAGGAGCCACGACAGGCGCCCCUUGAGACAUCGGCCGAAGGCGAAGAGCAACAGCUACAGGAAGAAGAGGAGCAACCAGCCGAAGAGGAUUCUGAUGCAGAGGCGCACGAGAUUGAUCCAAAGACGCUAUCCAUGUGGGAUCUCAGCCAUGAUGACCGGCAUGGCAAGACCUCAGAACGGGGAAGGAGAAUGGCCGAGCUUCCUUGGGACGAAAUUCAAGCCAAGCGACGAGCCGAGGCAGACGCAAUUGCAGCUGGCGCAAUAGCUGAAGAGCAGCCGUCUUCCGGCAGCAAUGUUGUCCAGUCGACCGAAGGUGUUGAUGGCACUGAUGACGAUCCAGAGCAAGCGCAGCAAGGACGCGACGGAUCACCGCCGGCCGAGCCUUCUGAAUACAAUAACCAGGCCAACUCUCAAGACAUGCAAUUCGCAGUGGAUGAGAACGGCGAGAUUAUUCUCCCAGACAGUAACCUGGACAUCGUGCGUGGAGCUGAGGCCCACGCCGCGGCUGCGAGUCAAGAUCAGAUUGAAGACAUUAAUGACCUGACCACCCACAUCACUCGGACCACCUGGAUGAACAACAAUCGUCGCGAUCCCGUUGACCGUGUCCCUGCCUGGAAGUGGAAGAGCGAUCCGUGGUCCGAAGAAGAGACCGACAGGUUCUAUGAAGCGCUGCAAAUGUUUGGUACGGACUUUUUCGUCAUCAGCAAGAUGUUCCCUCCCAAGACCCGACGCAUGAUCAAGGCCAAAUUUAACCGUGAAGAGAAGCUGGAUCCCCGGCGCGUGAAUGAUGCGCUGAGCGGCAAAUCCACCAAACCAAUGAGUCUCGAGCACUACUCGCAAGCCACUGGUCGAGACAUGGCUGUCUUUACCAAGUACGAGAGCGUGCAGCAUGCCGAGAGCAUCAUCAACGAAUCAAUGCGAGACAAGCAGGAGCAAAUGACCACACAGCUGCAGCAAGAAACUGCCCUAGCUGAGGAGAAAGCCGCGAAGGAGAGGCAAGAGAAGAAAGCUCGCGCGCAGGCCAAGAAAGACGGACAGAAAACGAAGAGAGGCAAAAAGGCUGCUGGUGGCACGAUGGGAGGUGGUCCCGAGGAUGCCACAGCUGCUGACGAUUGA